AAUUAUCCGGACUCAGGAACCCCCCAUCGUUACGUUCAGAUAGGCCAAUCUAUAUUGUUCCAAUCUAUAAAGAUCUCGCUUCUAGCUGAUCAGGCUCAAGCUCCAGUCGUUGAAGGGAGAUAUAUUACCUUGGCGGGUCGAUCAGCAAUAGGAGGCGGCACAUCUCUGCUAUAUAGACACAAUACGUUCCAAAUCUCAUUAACAACUACAAGGAUGGAGCGGUACCAUGGACAUCAUAAAGGCUGCCAUCUUGAUGACCUGAGGCUCACGAUACUCGUUUGAGAAAGCCACACCGCACACACGAUUCCGCAAGAAUGAAGACAUUCUAUCUCCUCCUCGCGCAAGCCGGGUUCUCCCACGCGGGCCUGCGCUUCGCGUGCUCUUCGAUAUCUAUCCAGCGCCUAGACCCCGUCGUCGAGCCAGGCAACAUCCCCUCGUCGCACGUGCACCAGAUCGUGGGCGGGAACGCCUUCAACGCGACGAUGCAAGGCGACAUCGGCGAGAAGGGCACCUGCACGACAUGCGCGUACACCGAGGACUUCUCCAACUACUGGACGGCGCUGCUGUACUUCCGACACGAGAACGGCUCGUACAAGCGCGUGCCGCAGUACCCGAACGCGCAGCUCGGCUACGAGGGCCAGGACGCGCCUGAUAUCAAGGGCGGCAUGACGAUUUACUACACGCAGAAGGAUCUGCUCGGGAAUGGCGAUAAGUACAUCACUGCUUUCCCGCCUGGCUUCCGGAUGACAGUCGGUUCGCCCACAACAACUUCCAUCGCCAACUCGAGCGCCCAGCCCGGUCUGGCAUACACGUGUCUACAGACGAUCCUGACUCGAGGGUUCGAGACGCCUGAUUUCCCUAAAAAGCCCUGUCCCGCAGGGAUAAUGGCCAUCCACCACUUCCCAGCAUGUUGGGACGGCGCGAACCUCGACAGUCCAGACCACCAAUCGCACAUGUACGACACGAGUCUAGGCCAAUUCCGCGAGGCGGGGCCCUGUCCCGCGUCGCACCCCGUGCGCGUGCCGCAGGUGGCCUACGAGACGAUGUGGCAGACGCAGUUGUUCGGCGACAUGUGGCCGGGCGACGGGUCGCAGCCCUUCGUGUGGUCGUUCGUGGACGGCAGGGGGUACGGGACGCACGCCGACUACAUGUUCGGGUGGAAGGGGGAUUCCCUGCAGCGCGCCAUGAACGACUCGUGCAUGUUCCAUGCCUGCGGCAGUCCCGGGAUGCAGGGCGUUUUGAAGACGCAGACCGUGGAGGAGAUGAACAGGUGUGCGAUUCGGAAUACUGUUGUCGAGGAGACGGAGGGCUGGCUCGACGAGCUCCCUGGACAGGCGAUGCCUAUGAUGUAAGUUAGAUCGAAGACAGACUUUUAGAUGCUAAUUGUUCUUCAUAUGAGGCUUUGAUAUAUCUUGCACCCUUGAAACUGAAUGACUGUUUUUGUCUCUUCUGAGACGGAGAAAAGAGCACACUAUGCUUGGCUCACAUCUAAGGAGACAAGACAAUCUCGGUCUAACACAUAUCAUUAUGAGAAAAUAACAAAGUUGACAUCACAUCAUGCUAUCAUCAGUCAUGCAUGAACCAUGGCGCGCGAUGAGGUUGAGUUGAAAGAAUCCUAACAUUCUACGGCGGUAUACCUAGCAGUAGUCACUCCAACACAAGAAGAUAUGCGAUGAAGGGCCCAAGGUGACCCAGGAAGGUCGCAGACCAGAGGUAGAGAAACCUCGGGCAGCCAUACCAAAGACCUAGACCCGAUCAUUAUGUCGCCCUGUUCCCUGGGGUU